UUGUCAUUUUGUUUCUUUGCAGAAAGCCUUAGAGAUUACUUUAGCAAAUUCGGAGAAAUCACAGAAGUCAUGGUGAUGAAGGACCCCACGACGCGGAGGUCGAGCUCGUCUGCGAUGGGAUUGGCUGACUCCUCUGCUCCCCUGUACUCGAGGCCAAGAGGGUUUGGCUUCAUCACAUUCGGCGAUCCCGCCAGCGUAGACAAAGUAUUAGCACAUGGUACACACGAAUUAGAUGGCAAAAAGAUCGACCCCAAAGUAGCAUUUCCCCGGAGAGCACAUCCAAAGAUGGUGACGAGAACGAAGAAGAUAUUUGUGGGUGGUUUAUCAGCACCUACCACACUGGAGGACGUGAAAAGUUACUUCGAACAAUUUGGACCGAUUGAGGACGCUAUGCUGAUGUUCGACAAACAAACCAACCGACACAGAGGCUUUGGAUUCGUCACAUUUCAGAGCGAAGACGUAGUGGACAAAGUAUGCGAAAUUCACUUCCACGAAAUCAAUAACAAAAUGGUCGAAUGUAAAAAAGCCCAGCCCAAAGAAGUGAUGCUACCGGCGAACCUGGCGAAAACGCGCACCGCUGGACGUGGGACAUACGAUUUUAUGUGGUCGCUGGGGACUUUACCUGAUGGUUUCCCCGCCGCCGCAUACGCUGCGUACGCAGCCGGUCGUGGCUUCUCCGGCUAUCCGAGCUUCGGACUACCGUACCCCACAGUGGACAUCACGAAUGGACAGCUGACACCAAACAAUAACACCCCUCUGCUAACACAGGCUCUAUCAGACUUCACAGUGAUGAACAACUACCAGGCGGCAGCGGCCGCGGCAGCGCAAGGCUUCGGCACCCCGGCGUCACCGCACACGACGACCGCGGCGCGGACCGCCGGCUUCACCAACACCAACUCGCCCGGACCGACGAUCGACAUGUACAGCUCGAGUGCGGCGGACAGCGUGGGAUACGUUCAGGCCACGAGCCCGCAGCCGUCCGGAUUCCCCGCGAUCGCCGUCAGCCGUGCGCCACUGAAUUACAGCCCGGGCCAACUGAUUCCCGCGGCGUUCACCAAUGGCUACCAUUGAAAUAAACUAGCAAGCAAUAUAUGAUCACCAUCGUCGCUAUUAUUUUGGAACGGGGUAUAAUUUCCAUUUGGCCCAAAGUUAGAGAGAGAGACAGGAGAGCAGCAAGCAUCAACAGCAACAACCAAAAUAAACAAACAGCAAGCAACAAAACAAAAUAACCCAAGCAAACGUCGACGACGUGAAUGACAGCCGCCAAAUUUGGAAAGAGCUAUGAUGGAACGGAACAGUCAGCCGAAACGUCAACCACGGCGCUGCCCAGUUUGACCGUAUGUAUGUUUGGGUGCGUGUGCCCGCGUCAAAAUGUUCUCAUUUAUCAGUCGGCAAUGUGAGUGUGUGUUAGGUUUGUUUCUUGUUUUGGGAUGCCAACUUGUUAAGUUAGGUUGAGGUUAGGAUCGUAGAGGAAGACAAAACUUGCAGAACAAAAAUCCCACCUUUGCAAUAGGCUCUGCCUGACGACGAUGGAAUAGGAUGAAAGGUGGCGCAGUUUGAUCAAUGGAUUUGCGAGAGUGUGUUGGUGAAGGCGAUUGUUCUUAGGGAUGUGUUAGGGCGCAGUAGGCUAACUGUUGAGAAUUUGAAAAGUGGUUGAGAGGCAAAAUAUAAAGGGCUAAGUUGAUGGAACGAGACAAAGGGAAAGUGUCGAGCGGCUGAUGAAUUCUAUCGGAAACACAUUACACAAAAUGAUAAUAAUGCUAAAGGACAGGAUAAGAUAAACUGAUUCAAUGAAGAAUUCUACUAACACAAACACACGUACAUAUAUUUUAGAUAAGCAAACAACCCAAACAACAAACAAAACAAAAACACAAAAAGUGCAUCAUUGUUUAAGACGCUAUUAAGAAGCAAAGAAAUGAGCUAAUUUGUUUCGAUAAAAUAUUUGUUAUUCUCUUUAUAUUUACUUAAUUUUAACCUUCAACUACAAUUAUUGACUAAAAUAGUAGGCGGACAGCAGACAGCCGAAUACCUUAAAGAAAUACAAUUAAAAAAAAAUGUUUACACAAACACAAAAAAAAACAAAAACCAACGGAUGAAUGCCGAAGUCCGUUCUCAAAAACAACACACACUACAAUAAUUAAGCAAAACUUAUUACGUUUCCGUUUCGUUUUUUGCUGCAAGCAACCAUCUAUUAAAGCAGAUAUGAUAAUUUUUACUUUUUAAGAGAAUUAACCAAACGUGUAAAGGUAAUGGAGGGAGAAUAAGCAGAAAAGCUGGCGCGAAGCCAGCUGCAGAAGCUAGUGGUCUUAGGUAUAUAUAUUUAUUAAUAUGGAAUGGAGACAGGAACAUUAAACGAAAGGAAAGCUAACUUUUUUGCGCGCCAUCACAGGCAGCGACCAGUUUUUAGCACCAACUAUUCCUCAUUUUAAAAUGUAAUACAUUCUACACGUGCCGUGCGUCCGGAAUGGUUCUGAACGCAAGGGCACUAAACCAGUAGAUUGACAGGAAGUUUGUUUGACUCUGGAGAAAAGCAAGGCUUGUAUUUCACUUUAUUAAAUCUAUUCAGAAAACUUUUGAAACAGCUGCAGCAGUUUAUUUAGUCGCACUCGAGAAAAACAGGAAAUAAUGCAUAAAAUAAAACACAAAACGUCAAACAAGCAUAGACAUAUUGGCAAAUGGAAAGCAAAAUUGUGUACGAAAUUGAAAUGUGAAGAAAAUGGAAAAUGCAAUAAUAAUUGUUACUACAAGUAAUGCAGUAAGUAAAACCCAAAAAUUAAAAUAAUGAGAACGAGAACCAUCAUUAGAAAAGAAUUAAGUAAAUUAAAAAAAAACAAGGAAAAUUGUGAACAGAUAAAUACUUUGGAUAUUUUUUACACUUGAAAGGUAAAAAGCAGCUAUCCAAAACAAGAAUGAAAGAAGAAGAUAAAUUUAAUGAGAAUGUAAAUUAUUAUAAAUACAUGAAAUAUAUGAAUUAAAGAAAGCGUAAUUCAAAGAAAAAAAACAAAAAACUUAGUUAAAUAUAAAUUAUAUUGAAAUUUAAAUUAAAUAAAUAAAAUAAUACAAAUAUUUAAAACAAAUACUAUGAUAAUAAAAUUAUUAUAAAUUAAUUUUUAUCAUUCAGACAAACUCAUGAACAGAAGAAAAAAAAUUCAAGUGAAGAGAACUUGGACGCAAACCAAACAAAACACACUAGAAUGCAAACCAAACCAACCAAACCUAAACAAAUUUAAAUGUGCAGCCAUGGUGAACACGGAUUUAUGUGAGUGAAUUAUUUCAAUUAAGAGGAAACCAAAACAAACAAGAAACGAAUGUGAAAACACUAAGCAAAUUAUACUGAAAAUGUGAAAACAUACAAACACAUCCCUGGUAGAAAGAUCUUUCGAUAGAAACUCGUAACUUGGAUGAACCCAAUUAUUUUCGAAAAAAAAAACAUCCAAUCGGAAACGAUAAUCUGGUGUCAGUUUGGAUCAAUCGGCAAAAAUCUCUCACUUUCUCACAAACACAUCUACGUAAGGAAACAACAGCAAACAAAAAUCACUCACAAUAAAAAGUAAACUUGGAAACAAAAAAAAAGGACAUUUGAAAACAAACCAACACACGAGCAAACCCAGUUUAUUAUUGUGAAUUAUUAUAACAUAAAGCAAAAUGAAAAGAAAAUACGAUUAAUUACUGGAAGAACAAGAGAAUACCAUUGCAGCAAAACAGAAAUAAAACAACAAGCAGCGUAAGUGCGCACUGUCAAAAUAAAGUGGGACAGAAUGUGACGCAACCAAAACACAGCUAGAAAAUGAGACGAAAGAAAUUGGAGCAAAAAAACAACAAGGUGAAAGAGGAGAAUAAUAAUUAAUUAACACACAUCAAGAAACAAACUAGUGUUUUCUUUAUUUGCCCCCUCUUCCCGUUUCCUUUUUGUUCACCUGAAUUUGUCGCAUUUUCCGUUGCUGGCCCUUCCACACUCCACCGAACUGACACGUCCGAUUCAAGCGCAUACAGCACAUGACUCGAACGUGUCUAUUUGUUUGAGUGCAAUCUCCGAAAACAAAAGCAUAGAAAAGAAAAUCCCUUCGUACGCGCAGCCGAAGUUGAGCUGGGAACGUAUCCGAAUUCGUUGCUUGGGGCUUGGUCUCGCCGCCCUCACUUUAUCUCUUUGUUCUCAUUGGAGGCUGAAUGGCUCCGAGGCGGUUCGGAAGUCGCUCUUUUGGUUCGGGUUUGCUUUCGUCGCGCGUCAACGAACUGUCAAACGUGGAUCGUGCGCGGAUCGAGUCAUUGUCGGAUUAGACCGAAGAAGUUAGAGCCGGUAAGUUGAGUUUUGAUUAUUUUCUGCCGUUUAAUUGUUUGUUCUGAUUGGAUUUCAGCCGUUUUAUGAUCAUUUUUAUAUCUGUUUAUAAAUUACGUUCUGUGACGAACCAAAGUGGGAGAUUAUAACGAGAACACAGACAAUUGUCUGUGACGAGAACGUUGAAAUUGGAUUAGCUCCUGCUUUGGUUAGUCUCAAAUUUUGCAAUGUUGUGCUAUGUUAUGUCGUUCAAUUCGAAGCGAUGACAACAACCGAAUUCCCAUUCGAGUUGUCAUCGUUUCAACGGUGAUUUGUUUCGGGUUGAAAGCUUUAUCAAUUUUUUGUUUCUUAUGUGUCUCACAGAGUACAGAAACAAGGUAGACUGCUUUGAAAAUUACAUUUGGAAACCUUGUUUGUAAAUACCGUGACGAAUAUGUUCGUAAUGAGUUGAUCAAUCGAAGCCUGCUAUGAAUUCACUUGUUAUUGGACCGUCUCUCAGCUCAGCUUCCACUAUCGAAUCAGUGCCUACUUUGUGCUUUAAAACAUCCACUUUUUGUCGCUGUUCAAUCACUGUAUUUGUAAUCAUGUUGACGUGUUUUUGUUACUGACGUAGAUUAGCAGCGUAUUUAUUUUUCUGAGUGCAAAGCAUGUAACUUCUUGUUAUUUGAGAUGACACGAAUUCUGUUUAAUUUUUCAUUUGGUACGACAUAUUUGAAUGUUAGGCUGGCACUUACUGUGAAACUCUCAAAUAAAUGAAAAGCAAACACUAACUCUUAGUUAGAUAACUAAUUUUAUUUGAUAUUAAAUAUUUAUUUUUGUGAUAAACCAUCGAAGCAUGAACACUUAAAUAAAGGCAAUUAUAUAUACAAGAAAGUGUCACCUGCUAAAGGUCUUGUUUUCUAAACGCAAACACCCAUACAAACACCGACUUUUAGUCGAAAAAAAAACAUAACACAGAAUGAUAUUUAAUUAAAACAUAUUUCAACAGGGUAUAAUUAACUUUAAAACACUUGUACUUUUUGGGUAAAUGAAUAAUAACAGAUGAAAGAUACAAAACAAGAUCAAUAAACACAUUUAUACAUAUACAACCAUAUUUAAAUGUAUUUCAAAACAUACAAACUAUGAGCAACCUUUUGCAGCAUCCAUAGCAAAUCAGCACCCCGAUAGGAAUCAAACUUUUAAAAAUAUCCGUGUGCAUUUUCAUUUCAAUCUAAUAACUAAGACAAAGCGCUAUUCAAACCGAAGCCAAACAUCUAACCGAUCAAACUGUUUAAUUUGAAAUAAUCUCGUAAUGCUCUCCCAAAACCACGCAUCGCAUAUAUUAUAAAAAACAAACAAUAAACUUUUCACAGCUUCAAAACAACAAACUCAAUGGAUGCUAAACAUAAAAGAACAGUAAUAAUUUAAAAGAAUAUAUGGACCAAAGCAUAUGAGUAACCGAGAGAUUACUCCUGUAUAGAAGAAAAUGAUAUACACUUAUUGAGCAAAGUUGUAAGCGAUGUAUUUACGAAAAAGACACAAAUGUCAUCCAGAAACACAUUUUAUUGAUACCUACUAUAUUAUUGACAAAAAAAAACAUCACCCUAACUAUUACAAUUAUUGCCAGUUGUACUGUUUUCUUCUGAAGGAACGGUUCAUCUCCGAAACUGCAACGGAUCUGGAACGGCCCGCUUCCGGAAAUGAACCAUCGGAGUUAAACUUUUUGUAGAUUGAACCAGAGUGUAAAUAUAGGAAAUAUUUUGAAAAAAAAAAAACGAAAACAGCCUUUCAUCCUAGACAGCAGUCCCGGCGUAUUCAUCCCCCAACAGAUUGGCACCCUCAAUUGGACUGUUUUGUAAAUACCAAACUCUGAGACUUAAAAUUCCAUUCGUUAGGUUUUUCGUUUUGAAAAUCGUAAGAAAAAAAGGUUCAAUCUAGACCACAUUCCAUUUCAGAGAAAGAAGAAUAAAAAAGAAAACAGCAAAGCAACUUGCGCGCUGCCUACGUGUCAAUUACGAAUUAACUGAAGAGCAAAACAAAAACCACAAAAAAAACAAGCGCCCGGUGAAGCCCGGGUGUGCCCGCCCCUAGGGUGCGGAAACCUACAUUUGUGACAAAUUUUGAAUCUAGCGCAAAGAGAAGAAGAGGAAAUGUAGAACAACCAGAGAGCAAAACAAAAAAGAGAAGAAGCGUGAAAGCGUGUUUUGGGGCGAAAUCAAUAACAACUAUCCAUGUAAAACUAACACAAGCAAACAAACAACCAUGUGUGUGAGUUUAAGUUACAAAAAAAGAAAAACGUUCGCUCAACUUUGACAGAGUUGGAUUAGGUCAACGAUGCUUUGAAAUAUAACAACUAUUAUAGCAACUUAACAACGAGAA